AAUAUACACCGUUAGUUUGUUUUGUGUGCUCCUGGAAUCUGAAGAAAGUUUUAUAAUUUUUCUGGCUGAAUUUGCCUGUUUUUAGCUUUGAGUUGAUUUAGCUGAAAAAGUGAGAUGGCGUUUGUUAGCAACAACCUUUUCUUCUUAGUUGAUCAAAAACUUGCAAUUCGUAAGCAUGGCGCUAUUAGUUAAUAUUGUGACCAGUGUAGCUUUUGCUCCGACACAUGCAGUGGGGAAUUCCAAUACGCGCUGAUCCGCUCUCACCAAGAGCAGAAACUAGAAACUGUGCUGCAAAAAAUUAACAGUCUCAGUUCCCAGUUGAGCAGUUAUCCCACAUGCGACAAAUGUCACCAAAAAUUCAUAACCAUCCACAACAUUCCCGAGAGCUGCUUCCAAAUUGUGUCCAGCUCCAAAUCGACUGAUAACAUCAAGAUGGAACCAGAGUUAAUGAUUGAUGAUCAUGAGAUGUCGGAAAAUGAAAACAUAUUCGAGACGGAUUCAACAGUGGGAUUUGGAACGGUUGAACCGGAAGACAAAAUGAGAAUCAUGAGAGAAAACGGAGAGAAAUUCUUCAUCAGUGAAAUGGAUGACGAGGACAACAAUAUAUCACGUGUUUCUGUUGCUUAUACUCAAAGAAAAAGUGAUUUGCAUGUUUCACAGAAGAAAGUUCAUUCACCUUCAGUACGUCGAAAAUGUAAGAAAGACACCGCUGACGGAAGUUCGACGAAAAACCACAUACGGUUAAAUACGGAAGAGAAACUGUUUAAAUGCGAAAAGUGUGAAGAAACAUUUCACGCUAAUCACAAGCUAACACAGCACGUUCGAACCCAUACCGAUGAACGUCCUUAUUCUUGUUCGCAUUGCCCGAAAGCGUUCAAUGUUGCUUCGUCGCUACAACGUCACAUUCGAAUUCAUACAGAUGAACGUCCAUACUCUUGCCCAUAUUGUCUAAAAUCGUUUAGGAAUCAUUCAGCGCGCAGAGAGCACAUUCGAACUCAUACGGGUGAACGUCCCUAUUCUUGUUCUCAUUGUCCGAAGACGUUCAUGCGAUCUACAACGCUCAAACAGCAUAUUCUAACUCAUACCGAUGAUCGUCUCAUCUCUUGUCCACAUUGUCCGAAAACGUUCAAUCGACUUGCAACGCUCAAUCUUCACAUUCGAACUCAUAUGGGUGAACGUCCCUAUUGUUGUUCACAUUGUCCAAAUUCGUUCAAAAAUAGCUCAACGCUCGCAAGUCACAUCCGAGGUCAUACGGAUGAACGUCCCUAUUCUUGUUCACAUUGUACGAAAGCGUUCAAAAGACUUAAUACGCUCAAACAUCACAUUCGAACUCAUACAGGUGAAUGUCCCUAUUCUUGUUCACAUUGUCCGAAAGUGUUUAGAAAUCUUUCAGCGUUCAAAGAGCACAUUCGAAAUCAUACGGGUGAACGUCCCUAUUCUUGUUCUCAUUGUCCAAAGACGUUCGUGCGAUCUGCAACGCUCAAACAGCACAUUCGAACUCAUACGGAUGAUCGACCCAUUUCUUGUCCACAUUGUCCGAAAACCUUCAAACAUCCUAAUACGCUCAAAAUACACAUUCGAACUCAUACAGGUGAACGUCCCUAUUCUUGUCCACAUUGUCCGAAAGUGUUUAGGCAUCUUUCAGCGUGCAAAGGCCACAUCCGAACUCAUACGGGUGAACGUCCCUAUUCUUGUCCGCAGUGUCCGAAAGCGUAUAUGAAUCGUAACACACUCGUAAAGCACAUUCAAACUCAUGCGGAUUCGUUGGAAACGAUUGAACGAAGAAACAGUGCUUUAAAUGUUUCGCUGAAGGAUGUUCACUCACCAUCGAUUCCGUCAUAAAUGUAGAGCCGUACCGUUUGGUCUUAAAUUCCGAACACUUAAGCUUUGUUGGCUAUUAAAUAGUGUCUCAUUACUAAAAUUGGUACUGUUCCGCGAGAUUAAUUUGAUUUUUGAUUCAAACGAGCCUUUGAAGCCAAUAAAAUUGAUUCACAAAUACAUAUUC